AUAAAUCAGCCUGAAAGCACUGGCUUCCCAUCCAACACAUGAAUAACCAGCAAAAUACCCUAAUUUUUUGGUAAGUUUCACAUCUUACGAGAUUGUUGUUACGUUGUGGGUUGGUAAUUUGUUUACCUUUCCUCAUUUACCAAACGAACAUUUACUGACAACAUUGUCCUUUCGUUGUGGGAGCCAUUACACCAAAUUUAGUCAUCGCCAUUAAGCCGAGGUUUAGUGAGUCUAGUUACCUUCACUUUUUGUGAGAGAAAACCAAACUUGAAAUGUUACCUUUACAUUUGGUUUGGUUUGGUAAUUUUAUGACCUUGAAUCCUCUGUCAAAGACAUGGAAUGAAUGAAUGUUACCAGCUGAAACAGGACGCUCUGUCAGAAACCAUCAGACCCAGAUAAAAACUGCAACAACAAAAAAUUUCUUUGACAGGUUGUAAAUGAAUCAUCAUUGCUAAUGUUGCUGUUACAUUAGCAAACGCUAACCUGGCUUAACUAAACUGAAUUGAACAUUAGUCAGAGUUAAGAACACAAGCUAACCUUAAUGGAGACCUGCACAAGCUCACAAUCAUAGCACAAUCUUACAACUUUACAUUGUGUUUAGAUAUUUAAAACAGAUUUUAAAGGUGUGGGGAAGAUUUCUGGCUAAUAGUAAAAUAAGAGCCGUUAAUAACAGUCAUGUUGAGGCUCUUGAAGAACACAGGCGGCACAUAUUUCCCACAGAAGAAGUGACCGGCUCAGUGAUAAUGUAGGACAUUGAUACCCUACUUAGGGAACAUCUCCGCUUUCUCACGGAGUAGGUAACACACUCUCACAAUAGAGGCAUUGUUGGCUUCUCACAUCAGCAGAGACACUCUUCAGGCGCAGAGAGACGGAGAUACGUUUGUCCAAAUGUACAAAAUUAACUUUUUUUCUUUUUAGCUUUCUGGGUGCUGAUUUAAAUAAAAUAAAAUCACAAAGAAGUCAAACAUUUAUACUGAUGUAAUCUGCAGUGAUUAUUACAGUAUAUUUAUGCAAGAUUACACCACUUUGGCAGUGUUGUGGCAAAUUGCAGAAGAGGUUUGCAGAAGUUUUAAUGACGAAAUGACUUGGCAAACAUAUUUUUACCGUAUAUUUCACUGCCUUCCAUCUGUACUGCCUGUAGAGACUUUGCUUUUGAGCAUCUGGAAAUCCUUCAAUUACAGUCAAAGUGCAAAAAUGGGGUUAAAUUCUGAUUUAGCACCCAAAGAUUGGUCACAAAACGAUUAAUUGAUCUGGAUUUUAUUUAUUAAACAUGCUCUCAUGGGUUUCAUUAUCUAUAUCAGAUUUUCAAAGUGUUGAAAUAUUUUGCUGAAAAACGCACUCACCAAAUCAGUUUCAGUUCCACAAGACAAAAUAUUGUGAAACCUGCCAGCAAACAUUUGAAAGCUUGUCCAUCUGUAAAAGAGAUGGUUGACGUAAUUUCCCAGCUAAUAGGUGACACACAAAAGAGUCCUUGUUUGCUCUUGUCAGGGUCACAGGAGCUCUUAGCUGCAGGAAAGGUGCGUUUCCUGGAGCAGCAGAAUAAGAUGCUUGAGACUAAACUGGAGCUGCUGCAGGUUCAGGGGGUGGGCCGAUCCAACGUGGAGCCCCUGUUCGAGGCCUACAUGGCGGGUCUGAGGCGCCAGAUGGACCUGGUCAACAACGACAAGACCAAACUGGACGGGGAGCUGAGGAACAUGCAAGGCCUGGUGGAGGACUAUAAACACAAAUACGAGGAGGAGAUUAACAAGAGAAACAACCUGGAGAAUGACUUUGUUAUCCUAAAGAAGGAUGUAGACUCAGCCUACCUGGUGAAAGCAGAUCUGGAGGAUAAAGUGGGAGCUCUGACUGAUGAAAUCAACUUCCUGCGUAAUGUCUACGAAGAGGAGUUGCGUGAGCUGCAGGCCAGCAUCAAAGAUACCUCAGUGGUGGUUCAGAUGGACAACAGUCGCAGCCUGAACAUGGAGCAGAUCGUAGCUGAGGUCAAAGCUCAGUACGAGGAGAUCGCUGCCCGCAGCCGAGAGGAGGCGGAGGCCUGGUACAAGAGCAAGUUCGACCAAAUGUCGGUGCAGGCCAGCCAGUAUGGAGACGAGCUCCGCAUUGUGAAGGCAGAAGUGGCCGAGGUCAACCGACUUAUCAGCCGCCUGCAGAGCGAGAUAGAGGCCGUCAAAGCGCAGCGCGGCAGUCUGGAGAACCAGCUGGCUGAGGCGGAGGAGCGUGGAGAGCUGGCUGUGAAAGAAGCCAAAGCCCGGACCAGAGACCUGGAGGACGCUCUGCAGAGAGCCAAACAGGACAUGGCCAGACAGCUCCGAGAGUAUCAGGACCUGAUGAACCUGAAACUGGCUCUGGACAUUGAGAUCGCCACCUACAGGAAGCUGCUGGAAGGAGAGGAGGACAGACUUGGACAGCAGUCGAUCCUCAACAUCCAGGCCGUCUCCAACUACAGCACUAAAAGUACUAAUGGCUACAACCACAUUAACAGCAGCUCUCCUGCUCCAAAACUGCUGAUAAAGACGACCGAGACCAGAGAUAACAGCAGAUACAGCUCUCACUGAGAGGACGCACACACACACAACAUGCAUGUACCACCAUGCUUCACACACACAUAAACACACAAACACAUAUUCACACACGUCUACAGUUUCGUUUUGAUUUUCUAACAGGUAUCUCUAAAUGUUUGAGGGUGCAGGCCUUUAAUUACUAACCUUUACUUAGAAUAAAUGGAAAAAUUAAGUUUAAUUAUGCAUCUAAACAAGGAAAAUUAAAUGGAAAUAGUUCUGGGAAUUGUUAUAAGUAAAAACUAAACACCGUAAGUGUAAUUCUGUAAUCGACUACUGUUUUAUUUUCUAUGCUCAUGUAAUCUGUGGUGAGAUUAUAAGAAUCCAAAAAUAUUGUAGUCUUGUAAAUCAUUUUGGGCAUAUUCUAGUUGAGAUGUAGUUGUGAUUUAUAGUUAUGAAUUUUGUAUCCAACACAGAUUCUUGUCUCUGAAAUUAAGAAUUUGGUUGUUUGUAUUUUUACAUUGAAGGUCUUGAUGCUGUUAUCAGAUAAACUAGUAAUCUUCAUCUACAGAUGUAGUCGUUAAAUUUAAGUUUCUUUAUCACUUUUCUGCUGUUUCUUCCACAAACACAAUAAAAACAAACAAACAGA